AUGAAGUGGCUUAUGAUCCUCGGGUUGGUGGCUCUCUCAGAAUGCUUGGUCAAAAUCCCUCUGAUGAAGAUCAAAUCCAUUCGAGAAAACCUCCGGGAAAAUGACAUGCUGAAAGAUUAUCUUGAGAAAUAUCCUUACAGCCUGGCCUAUAAGUUUCUUGAUCAGUAUCAGGACAAUGGAAUAUCUUUGGAACCCAUGAGGAACUACCUGGAUCUGGCCUACAUUAGCAUCAUCACCAUUGGAACACCGCCUCAGGAAUUCAAGGUCAUUCUGGACACAGGCUUCACUGACUUGUGGGUGCCCUCCAUCUACUGUGCCAGCCAAGCCUGCACUAACCACAAUAUCUUCAACUCUCUGCUAUCCUCCACGUUCCGGGUCUCAGGCCGGCCCAUCAGCAUCGCCUAUGGCACCAGACAAAUGUUGGGAUUUCUUGGCUAUGACAAUGUUAAGAUCGGGGACCUUGUGGACAUAGGCCAGGGGUUCGGCCUGAGUGUCAAGGAGCCUGACAAGUUCAUGAAAUACACGGUCUUCGAUGGCAUCCUGGGACUGAGCUACCCCAGCCUUGGCAUUGAAGAGCCACCCGUCUUUGACAACCUGUGGAACCAAGGCCUCCUUUCUCAGAACCUCUUUGCCUUCUACUUGAGCAGGGGAGCCUCCGUGAGCUCUAAUGGCAGGAAGGAGGCGGGGAAUUUCCAGGAGAAGACAGAACUCCGCACGCCUGAUCGCUGUGUCCGAACCCUGUGCAGGCUGGAGCACAGCGCAUUUAAGGAGAGCCCAGAGGAAGGAAGAAGGCCUCGCCCUGCCAACUGCGCUUCCUUUGAGAUGGAGUACUUCGGCACUAUCGGCAUCGGAACCCCUGCCCAGAAUUUCACCGUCGUCUUUGACACCGGCUCCUCCAACCUGUGGGUGCCCUCAGUCUACUGCUCCAGUCUCGCCUGCAGUAAGUUCCCAGCCCGCCCCACCCCAGUCUCGAUCUCCAGCCCCAGCUGA